UCUAUCGUUACUGAACUGUCGAUAUUGGCCCUUAAGCGUGGAAGGAGUCUAAAAUUCCACAUAGGUAUCGCUGGUACUACUAUCAACAUGGGACUUUCAAAGUUCUUUGCCGUUUCUUUCUUGGCUGCCCGCCUGUUUUCUGAUGUUGCGGUGGCUGGCCCGUCGGCAACAACCGAACUACAGGUAGGCAAUGCCGCCUCCAACUACUGGGUUGCCGACAUCAAACGUCAGGGCGUGGCAGUAUUCGGACAAGCCGACUACAAGGUUUUCCGCAACGUCAAGGAUUAUGGUGCUAAGGGAGAUGGCACAACUGAUGACACCGACGCCAUCAACAAGGCUGUCCAGGAUGGACAGAAUCGAUGCAUCAUGCACUGUGAUUCCCGAACCACCGCUCCGGCCCUUCUGUACUUCCCCCCUGGUGUCUACUCAGUGAGCAAACCAAUCAUUCAGUCUUAUUACACUCAGUUCGUCGGUGAUGCGCUCGAUAUCCCAACACUUAAGGCAACCGCGAACUUUGAUGGCAUAGCCGUUAUCGAUGCCAACCCUUACGAUUACAAUGUCGAUCCAGCCGCGAAUUGGUAUAUCAACCAGAACAACUUCUUCCGCCAAGUCCGCAACUUCAUCAUCGACAUCAAGGAUAUGCCGCUCAACAAGGGUGCUGGUAUUCAUUGGCAAGUCGCUCAGGCCACUAGCUUGCAGAACAUCGUCUUUGAGAUGAACCCUGAUACUAGCGAAGAGAACUUGCAGAAGGGACUGUAUAUUGAGAAUGGAUCUGGUGGCUUCAUGGCCGAUCUUACAUUCAACGGUGGAGGUAUCGGGGCUGACAUCGGCAGUCAGCAGUAUACCUCUCGAAACAUGACGUUCAAUAACUGCAACACAGCUAUCCACAUGAUAUGGAAUUGGCUUUGGUUAAUGCAAGACGUGACGAUCAAUGGUGGAAAGCUUGGUAUUGAUAUGACCAGCGACAGUCUCGAUUCCAUCAAAGUUGGAUCAUUGCUCCUUGUCGACAGCAAGAUCUCGAACGUCGAAGUCGGUAUCAGCACCCUCUACAAGACCGAUCAACCGGACACCAAUAAUACUCUCAUCCUGGACAACGUAGACAUGACCGAGUCUGUUCCCACCGCUAUCAGGUACGCAAAAGAUAACACUACCGUGCUUGAAGGAAACCAGAAGAUUGUAGGAUUUGCCCAGGGUCGCCAGUACACCGGUACGACUGGAAAGGCUGUUCAGACCAACAAGCAAAGUGUUCGCAAGCCUGAGGCUCUUCUAAAUAAGGAUGGAAAAAUCUUCACACGCGUCAAACCUCAGUAUGAGACCGUCUCGUCUAGCAAAUUUGUCAGUGUAAAGUCAGCUGGAGCUAAGGGUGACGGCAAGACCGACGACACUGCUGCAAUUCAAAAGAUUUUCGAUGGUGCUAAGGAAGGAGAUAUCAUCUAUUUCGACCACGGCGCAUACCUAAUCUCCGACACGGUCAAGAUUCCCAAGAACAUCAAGAUUACCGGAGAGAUGUGGCCCCUUCUCAUGGCCACAGGUACCAAAUUCGCCGACCAGAACAAGCCGGUACCUGUCUUCCAGGUUGGCGAGGCCGGUGACAUUGGUGAUGUUGAGAUGUCCGACCUCAUCAUAGAAACAAAGGGAUCUCUUCCUGGUGCUAUUCUCAUGCAGUGGAACCUGGCUGGUUCCGAAAACGGCGCUGCCGGCAUGUGGGAUGUGCAUUUCCGUGUUGGUGGGACUGCUGGGACUGAGUUGCAGUCCGAUAAGUGUACCAAGAACGAGAAUGUCACGACGACUGCCAACCCUGAAUGUAUGGGCGCUUUCAUGAUGCUCCAUGUCACGCAGACAGCCUCGGCCUACAUCGAAAACUGCUGGUUCUGGGUCGCUGACCACGAGCUCGAUCUCGAGGACCAUAAUCAGAUCAACAUUUUCAAUGGUCGUGGUGUGCUCAUCGAGUCGCAAAAGCCUGUAUGGCUUUGGGGUACCGCUUCGGAGCACAGUAUCCUAUACAACUAUCAGGUCUCCAAUGCUCAGAACGUUUUCAUUGGGGUGGCUCAAUCCGAAACGGCCUACUAUCAAGGUAACCCCCAGGCCCCAGACGGCGCCACUGUUCUCGAAGGCUUCUUUGAUCCGGAUUUUUCGAAGUCCUGUGACGGCUCUUCGAAAAAAUGUGCUCGCACUUGGGGUCUUCGCGUCACGAACUCGUCGUCGGUAUAUAUCUAUGGCGCUGGUCUGUACAGCUUCUUCGACAACUAUGACCAAAAAUGCGUAGACAAACAAAACUGCCAGGAUAACAUGAUCAGUAUCGAGGACUCUACUGGAGUCCACCUCCUUGGUAUUAGCACCAAGGCCUCGGUAAACAUGAUUACCGUCGACGGUAAAUCGGCUGCUCUUGACAAGGACAACAGAAACAACUUCUGUGCCGCUGUCGCUAAGUUCGAAGUCAAUGCUGUAUCAGGAAACCAGCCGGAACCGAGCGAUUCCGGAGAGGGCUCAACCACGGCUCCCGCCGAAACUUCGACGUCAGCCUCAGGAAUAGUCCCAUCCGGUACUGACACAGUUCUCCCAACGUCAGGCUCUGGUUCCGGCCCGAGCACCGGCUCGGGUCCUUCAGGUAGCAGUUCAUCUGUUGUCGCCACCGAGACUCAGGUUACGGCUACUCCAGUGUCCACACCUGCAGGUAGCUACGUUCAGCCUGGUGUGGAUGCAAGUACCGAGACAACAGCGGUGGAAUCCCCGACCACUCUACCAAUCCCGUCAGAGACCCCAAGUGGUGGUGCUGGUGGCGAUGACUCUGUUGUCACGAUUGUUGUCACCCAAACAGUGACAGCGCCGGGAGUAUGCUCCCAGGCACCGUGAAGUACGGUUACUAGGAGUGAUACUACUCGGAGCUAUUCAACGAGCACCGCCACCCGAACUACAACCGUAACUUCAAGUGGUUGCGCAUCCAAAACGGCGCAUGUGAAAAAUUCUUGAGAUGAGCAGGGAUGUCUAUUCGCGUGAUUUUGACGAAGACCUACAUUCAACGUCCCUAGUCCUAUAUGUUCGCUUCUCUUGUGGCCCUAGUGGCAUUUAAAUAGUUACAUUUUCACUUGAUUCGGAGUAGGCAGGAAAGGAUAUCAAGGUAGCCAGUCCAUGAGGAUGGCCGGAGUUCAGAUGAUUGAUAGGAUCCAUUUCGAGAUACCACUUAGUACUUGGUGCCCGUGAGAUUAUCAGUAUCUCGGGGAGGGAAAGUGACGGUCAAUAGGACCCUGAGUUGCUAAUCGCUCUGUAUUCAUGAAUACCAAAUAUUGAUUUUAUUGUUCACGUACUUUUAUGACAGUCUC